AUGCCGAUCAACCGCACUCCGCCGCCCUCGUCGCCCGUGCCUAUGAGCUCCGAUGAUGCAGCGCAGACGCGCGCGAUUGACGCGAUAGAACGGACGAAGAUACAUCACUGUGAAUCUGCGCCUGAUAUUCCAUCACUUACGCUAAAUGUUACCGAGCGUAAAAAAAGGAAACAUGACGGAGUGAAUCCUAAUAUCAUGUCAUAUAUGAGUGAAAUGUUUUCAGCUCAUACGAAUGAACAAGCGAAGCUUUUUAAAGACUUACAAACUAUAGUUUCUAGUAUAAAAGAACAGAAUGAUGAAUUAAAAAAAAGCGUUGAUACAAUGUCAAGCAAAUAUGAUGAGUUUCUGUCACGGAUAUCCGUUCUCGAGGCGGAGAAAAAGCAGGAUAGAUAUAUUAUACAACAACUACAAGAAAAAAUCGAAAAUAUGGAACGAAAGUCUAGAUUUUCAGGAAUAGAAAUAAGAAACAUUCCUAAAAACAAUGAAGAGACAAAAGAAAAUCUAUGUAGUACAGUAAAAAAAUUAGGGGAGUGUUUAAAAGUAAAUCUGCGGGAUUCGGAUAUAAAAGACGUGUAUAGAAUUAACUCUAAGACAGGGACUAGGCCGGUAAUAGUGGAAUUUAAUUCAGUUAUCAUUAAGGAAAAGAUGUUAAAUGAAGUUAAAAGAUUUAAUAAAACAAAACCAAAAAGUGAGAAAUUAAAUACCUCGCAUCUAAAUUACUCACAAAAAAAUAUACCUAUAUACGUCACGGAGACACUAACACAAAACACUCAGAAACUUUUCUAUCAGGCUAGACUUUUCCAAAAAAGUCAUAACUAUUUAUUCUGCUGGACAUCUAGAGGCAUUGUAUAUUUACGCAAAAAUGAAAGUUCGUCUCAAAUUAGAAUAAAUAACGAAAAGGAUUUAGAAAAUCUUCGGAAGACCGAA